AUGGCUGACCAACAAUUACCGGCACCGAAGCGGUUCAUCACUGGUCACGAUUAUGACGGAAAAGCCAUAUUCGACACUCGACUCAGCGAUGAAAUGCCCACAAAAAUACUCACAAACUACAGCUUCCGCCUCGGCUAUGUGACUCGAGGGAUUCCAGUUGACCUCACGGGCGAUUCGGACAUCAAGACAUAUCAGAGCUACAUCACAGAACCUCCAGGGCUUGCUCUCCUCGGAGGUUCAAUCCUUCGUUUUGUCGACUUCCCGCCAGGUGGAGGAGACAUGCAUCGAACACUGAGCAUAGACUACGGUGUAGUGCUCGAGGGUGAGAUGAAACUAGUGUUGGACUCAGGCGAGAGUCGUGUAUUGAGGCGAGGGGACGUGGCAGUUCAGCGUGGAACAAUGCAUCAAUGGGUGAAUACCGACCAAGAGAAGUGGGCUCGGAUGAUGUUUGUUCUCCAGGAGAGUAAGCCAAUAACAGUGGCAUCUAGCGGAGUUGAGUUGAAAGAAGAAUUGGGAGGUCUAGGUGAUCAAGUGAGACCUUCCACCUGA